AUGAAUUCGUUGAUCAGAACCGUAUUGCAUAAUCAGAGAGUGUUUGUUUCACCUAUACAAUUGAGGGUAAUUGGUGUGGCCAGCCCACUCUCCCUAUCAUCUCAGAUCCGUCUUUAUGCUGCAAAGCAGGAUCAGCAUCAUCAGCAGGAGUUUCAAUAUGUACCUGAAGGAAAAGUGAUGAUUGAUCCUGUUACAGGUAACAAGAAGUUGGUCAACUUUAUGACCAUCAACACGGAUCUACCAGAGCAUCCAUAUGCCCAAGAGAGAAAAAUUAGGUUUUGGACUUUUACCGUUUUCUUUGUUUGUAUGACCAUUGCCGUUACUGGUAUUUUCCAGUACGAGAAGAUUUCAUGUCCAAUUAUGAAUGCUACUAUGUAUUACCUUCGGCGCUCCCAGCUUGCAAAAGACCAUCUUGGUGACGGGAUCACUUAUGGCGGUUUGAUUCCGUACAUCUCAGGUAAAUUGAACACUAUGCAAGGUAUCGUUGACAUUCAUACAAAUGUUGAAGGUGAUAAUGGAAAGGCAACAAUGUACUUGAAGGCAGGAAAAAGGUUUAACGGAGAAGAAGAGAAAUUUUAUAUAGAUAAAUGGACCCUAGUUACUGCUGAUGGCACCACUCUUGCCUUGAUGAAUGACGAUGACAAUAUCAUUUUGGAAUUUUAA